GUUGAUUUUUAUUCCUCCACCAUUGAUCCCCGUGACAUGACCAUGCCUUUCAGUAGACACUGGCAAGAGAGCUUCCUCUUGCUAACUCCCGGGAAGCACACAAACAGUUGAUUUAGUUAGUAUUACAAAAAGCUAAAUCAGUCGAAUACCAAAGAGACAGACGCCCGAUCGAGCAAGCAAACGGAUGCACAAGCCAUGCCUCUCCAGCGCUUCCACUUGGUCGCUCUGCUCCUUCUCCUCGUGGGUGCUGGCCGAGCUCUCACGGCCACCGUCGGCGCCGACGACGGUCGGCAGUUCGCCUACAAUGGCUUCGCGGGCAGGAGCCUCGACCUCGACGGCGCGGCCGAGGUCACGCCCAACGGCCUCCUCAUGCUCACCAACGGCACCAUCCAGCAGAAAGGCCACGCCUUCCACCCGUCCCCGGUGCCGCUCCGCGCCGCGCGCUCCUUCUCCACGGCCUUCGUCUUCGCCAUCUUCGGGCAGUACAUCGACCUGAGCAGCCCCGGCAUGGCCUUCUUCGUCACCACCUCCAAGGAGGUGCUCGCCACCGCGCUGCCGGGCCAGUUCCUGGGCCUCCUCAACGCCACCAACAACACCAACCCCAACGCCCACAUCUUCGCCGUGGAGCUGGACACCCUCCUCAACUCCGAGUGCCGCGACAUGAACAGCAACCACGUCGGCGUCGACGUCGACAGCAUGGUGUCGCGCGCUUCCGCCGACGCCGGCUACUACGACGACGCCACGGGCCGGUUUCAGAACCUCAGCCUGAUCAGCAGGCAGGCGAUGCAGGUGUGGGUGGACUACGAUGGCGCCGUCUCCGAGAUCACGGUCACCAUGGCUCCCCUGGGCGUCGCCAGGCCCAAGACGCCCCUGCUGCGGACCGCAGUGAACCUCUCAGCCGUGGUGCAGCACCAGGACACGGCGUACGUCGGCUUCUCGUCGGCCACGGGAAUCCUCUUCGCGCGCCACUUCGUCGUCGGCUGGAGCUUCGCGCUGGACGGGCCGGCGCCGACGCUGAACAUCUCCUCCUUGCCCGCCCUGCCGCCCACCGGGCCCAAGCCACGGUCCAGGGUGCUGGAAAUCGUGCUGCCCAUAGCGUCGGCGACCGUGGUUCUGGCCGUCGGCAUCGCCGCGUACAUCAUCGUCCGACGGCGACUCAGGUACGCGGAGGUCCGGGAGGACUGGGAGGUCGCCUUCGGGCCACAGCCCUUCUCCUACAAGGACCUGUACCAGGCGACCAAGGGGUUCAGCGAGACCAACCUCCUCGGGGCCGGCGGCUUUGGAAGCGUCUACAAGGGCGUGCUCCGCAAGCCCGACAUGGACACGGAGGUGGCCGUGAAGCGGGUGUCGCACCAGUCAAGGCAGGGGAUGAAGGAGUUCAUCGCCGAGGUCGCGAGCAUGCGCCGGCUGCACCACCGCAACCUCGUGCAGCUGCUCGGCUACUGCCGGCGAAAGGGGGAGCUUCUCUUGGUCUACGAUCACAUGCCAAAUGGUAGCCUCGACAAAUACCUGCACGAUCCCAUGCCUGGCAAGGCUACAUUGGAGUGGCCUCGGAGGUUGCACAUCAUCAGGGGAGUCGCUUCCGGGUUAUCUUACCUCCAUGAGGGUUGGGAGCAAAUCGUCAUCCAUCGAGAUGUCAAGGCAAGCAACGUGCUCUUGGAUGCCGAGAUGAACGGGCGGCUAGGGGAUUUCGGCCUAGCAAGGCUCUACGACCAUGGGUCCGAUGCGCGGACCACACAUGUGGUCGGCACCAUGGGCUACCUAGCCCCUGAACUAGGCCACACCGGCAAGGCAACCCCAUCUACCGAUGUCUUUGCCUUCGGUGCGUUCCUCCUGGAGGUCACCUGCGGGCGGAGGCCGAUCGAGGAAGACGAGGGGAACAACCGCGUCAUGCUCGUCGACUGGGUUGCCGAACAUUGGCGUAACGGUUGCAUCACUAAGGCGGCAGACAUUAGGAUGCCAAACAACUUUAGUCUUGACGAGGUCUCUCUAGUGCUGAAACUCGGGCUUCUGUGCUCCCAUCCUUUGUCCAAUGCAAGGCCAACCAUGCGACAAGUCAUGCAGUACCUCGACGGCGACAUGCCCCUCCCGGAAUUUUCGUCAGAGUACCUCGGCUCAACCAUGCUGGAGCAGAUGUACAGCGCAGAGUUUUUUAACAAAAAUGUAACGUCAUAUGUGUCAUCGGGUUACCUGGGCCUCCUCAACACCACCAACGGCACGGCCAGCGCCCCCAUCUUGGCCGUCGAGCUGGACACCAUCCUCAGCCCCGAGUUCCGCGACAUCAACAGCAACCACGUCGGCAUCGACGUCAACAGCCUCGUGUCGCGGCAGGGCCAGCCGGCCGGCUACUACGGCGACGACGGUGCCUUCCGUGACCUCAAGCUUAACAGCCGCAACCCCAUGCAGGUAUGGGUGGACUACGACGGCCAGGCCAAGCGACUCGAUGUGACACUAGCCCCCGUGCACGUGCCCAAGCCCAGCAAGCCUCUGCUCUCCGAGGCCAUCGACCUCUCCACUCUCAUGGCGGACGCGAUGUACGUCGGCUUCUCGGCGUCGUCGGGAGUCAUCUCGGGGCAUCACUACGUGCUCGGAUGGAGCUUCAGCUUGGACGGGCCUGCCCCGACUCUUGAUUUCUCCAAGCUUCCUGCCCUGCCACGCCUGGGACCCAAGCCUCGGUCCAAGGUACUGGACAUCGUGUUGCCGCUGGCCAGCGCGUUGCUCGUGGCAGCAGCGCUGGCUGCGGUCUUCUUCUUUCUGUGGCGUCGGCGCCGGUUCGCCGAGGUGCGCGAAGGCUGGGAAGACGAGUUCGGCCCCCACCGAUAUGCAUACAAGGAUCUGCAUCGUGCCACUGAUGGGUUCAGGGAGAAAAACUUACUCGGCGUCGGAGGAUUCGGGAGAGUGUACAAAGGCCUGCUUUCUGAAUCCAAUUUGGAGAUCGCCGUGAAGAGGGUGUCGCAUGAAUCAAGGCAAGGACUACGCGAGUUCGUUGCCGAGGUGGCGAGCAUUGGUCGUCUCCGGCACCGGAAUCUCGUGCAGUUAUUGGGCUACUGCCGGCGCAAGGACGAGCUUAUCUUGGUGUAUGACUACAUGUCAAAUGGCAGCCUUGACAAGUACUUGCACGAUCCAAACAUGCCCGCCAUAUCUUGGCCCGAAAGGUUCUCGAUCAUCAAAGGGGUCGCAUCGGGCGUGCUGUAUCUCCAUGAGGAUUGGGAAAAGGUUGUCAUCCAUAGAGAUAUCAAGGCAAGCAAUGUGCUCUUGGAUGAACAGAUGAAUGGAUGCCUCGGCGAUUUUGGCCUAGCAAGGUUAUACGAUCACGGAACUGUCGCUCAAACAACCCAUGUUGUCGGCACCAUGGGAUACCUUGCACCAGAGCUUGUGCGCACCGGGAAGGCAACACCCAUAACCGAUGUGUUCGCAUUCGGUGUCUUUCUCCUAGAGGUUGCAUGUGGACGACGACCGAUCAAGCGUGGCGAGCGAAACAACCCUGUAGUGAUGAUUGAUUGGGUGCUUGAGCACCACCGCAGUGGAUCGUUACUCAAGGCGGUGGAUCCACGACUAGCGGGAAAGUUUGACACAGAGGAGGUUACCCUCGUGCUGCAACUAGGUUUGUUGUGCUCGCACCCAUUGCAUGAUGCAAGACCUAGUAUGCGAAAGGUUACGCAAUACCUAGAUCGUGGGCAGUCGGUUCCUGAUCUAUCGCCGACUUACAUGAGCUACAGUAUGCUGGCGCUGAUGCAAAAUGACGGCUUCGAUUCGUACAUUAUGUCAUACCCUCCAUCAGCGGCUAGCACUGCUGCGGUGUCUUAUGGGUCUACGAUGACCGUUCUCACUGAGGGCAGAUGAAGUUGUCUGUAUGUGUUCAACUUAUUUUUGAUGUUUCAUUUAGAAGAAGCUUAUCUUUGAGGUCGGGUAAUAAUUAAUUUGUGAUCCUAAUAUUUCUUUUUGAUAUGAUUUGUGAUCCUAGCUAGCUCGAGCUGGCUGAUUUA